CGCGCUCAUUUUUUAUUCUUCCGGGGUAGGAAAGGCACGAGCGGCGAGAUGGCUGCGGACAGCACUGUUUCUAAUGGUUGUAAGACGACGUCCCUGAACGGCGAGCCGGCCGUUAAGAGGUGCAGGGAUUGCGGGGAGGAGAGCGAUUUGCCCCGCGUCUCCAGGUCGGAGCCGCAGAACAAAGUGACGGUGGUGCUGGGCGCUCAGUGGGGCGAUGAAGGCAAGGGGAAGGUGGUGGACCUGCUCGCCAUGGAUGCGGACGUCGUGUGCAGGUGUCAGGGGGGGAACAAUGCGGGACACACUGUGGUCGUGGACUCGGUGGAGUACGACUUCCACCUGCUGCCCAGUGGAGUCCUGAACAAGAACGCCACCUCAUUCAUCGGAAAUGGAGUUGUGAUUCAUCUUCCUGGACUUUUUGAAGAGGCAGAGAAGAACCUAAAGAAGGGAAAAGGACUGCAGGGGUGGGAAGAACGGCUGAAAAUUUCUGAUCGUGCUCACAUUGUGUUCAACUUUCACCAAGCAGUGGAUGGCAUUCAGGAGCAGCAGAGACAGCAGCAAGCUGGAAAAAAUUUGGGCACCACCAAAAAAGGCAUCGGUCCAGCCUACUCCUCCAAAGCCUCCCGCAAUGGCCUGCGCGUUUGCGAUCUGAUGUCGGACUUCUCUGCCUUCGAGGAAAAGUUCCGUGUGCUUGCUGGCCACUUUCAGACUAUGUACCUGACUCUCAACAUUGAUGUGGAUGCUGAGCUGGAGCAGCUGAAGGGUUUUGCCGAGAGACUGCGUCCUCUGGUCACGGAUGGCGUGUACUUCAUGCACAAGGCUCUCACUGGUCCCAGCAAGAAGAUUCUGGUGGAGGGGGCCAACGCUGCCUUGUUGGACAUCGACUUUGGCACUUACCCCUUUGUGACGUCAUCAAACUGUACAGUGGGAGGCGUGUGUACAGGCCUCGGUGUGCCACCGUCGCACAUUGGCCGCGUUUAUGGUGUGGUCAAGGCCUACACGACCAGGGUGGGCGUGGGCGCGUUCCCCACUGAGCAGGACAACGACAUUGGGGCCCUGCUGCAGUCCCGUGGCAGCGAAGUAGGAGUGACUACAGGCCGGCGCCGGCGUUGUGGCUGGUUGGACCUCGUUCUGGUGCGCUAUGCGCACAUGAUCAACGGUUUCACUGCCCUUGCUCUCACAAAGCUUGACAUCCUGGAUACACUCCCUGAAAUCAACGUGGGUGUGGCUUACAUGGUUGAUGGACAGCCCCUCCCAAGCUUUCCUGCGAACAUGGACAUCUUGAGCAAAGUGUCAGUGGAGUACAGGACAUUGCCAGGGUGGAAGUGCAGCACAGAAGGGGUGCGUAGUUUCACAGAACUUCCACCUGAAGCACAAGAGUAUAUCCGCUUUAUCGAGGACUUCCUCCAGGUGCCUGUUAAAUGGGUUGGAGUUGGCAAGUCGCGAGAGAGCAUGAUCAAACUGUUUUGAUUGGCGGCUCCAGUUCAGUGCCAAACGUUACAGCCCCGGAAUUGCAAUAAUGGAACCAGCACUCAUCUUAUGAACUUAUACUGAGUUCACCAUCACUGGGACCAGACCCUCAAUCUGAUAUUGUCAAAUCAUUUAACAAUAACAUACGAGAUGAGUAACUUCAGGUUAAGAAUGAGGACAACGUCUCUAGCAUCCCUUGGUUUAUUAUACAUUGUAGUAAGAAAAUCUUUGGUUUUAAUUUGUGAAAUUAUUCUGAUUGGAUAAAAGGUUUUUUUU